GCCACAGUACGUGUGUACUCUACGAAUCAGAUGAACGAAGGCGACGAGAAUGGACUACGAGUGGAACAACUGGCUUUGCUCCGCAGCGAUCGGCUUGUAGAAACAGUUGCUGGUAGUUUCAUGGAUGACGACACAGAUAGGGAAAUAUUUGGUGAUUCAGAAGACAUACUUGAUGAUGGUUCGACCGCCCAUGGCCAGGAUCGACGCAGCAAGUUGAGAUUAUGCCUUAUGGCUUCAUUUGCCUUUGGUUUCUCAUUCUAUGUCUAUUUGUCAACUGUGGGAGUCCUUCCAUCGCAAGUGCUCGUUCUUGUUGGUAGUAAGGACAAGGGGAAAUUUUUGGCAGCUGUUGUUGGAGCAGCAGGAGUUAUUACAUUUCUUGUCAGUCCUCUUGUUGGGACGCUAAGUGAUCGGCUGCAGACUCGCUUUGGUAAGAGGAGUCCAAUUAUUUUGAUCUGCAGCAUCAUUUUGUGCAUUCUAAUGUUUGGCUUAGCAUGGGCUGCUCCAACUCUUCCAGGCUGUCAAACAGAUUCUUGUUAUUCUGUGAAUACGUCAAAACCCAUUUGUUCUCAUGAUAAUGAUUCGGUGUGUUCAACGGCUGAUACUGAAAACAUAACUCUUUAUGGUGUGUACUUUAUUGUAUAUGCAGCGGUGGCUGGGUUGUAUGCUGCUAUCGGUACAGCCUGGAAUGGAUUGAUUGCAGAUGUGUGUCCAGAUGACACACGGGGAUUUGUCUCUGGUAUGGUCGGCUUAUUUGUUCUUUUUGGAAAUGCUGCUGGAGCACUGUGGAAUGUGUUUUAUAGAACUAUAGGAGUGUGGGCUACAUAUGCAUCUGUGUCUGUGACUUUCUUUGUCACGGUGCUGAUUUGUUUGUUUGGAGCAAAAGAAGAGUCUAGUAUAGGAAGAGUCAACAGGCAACCGCUUAAUUUUAAGGCUGGAAUCAAGCAAUACUGGAAACCACUCAAAAAUUGGGACUUCUUUUGGGUGUUCAUGACACGUUUUCUUAUGCAAAUGGGACUAUACACAAUCAUUGGGUAUCUCUACUAUUUUAUGGUUGAUGUCGUGAACCUCCCAAAAUGCAUGUCACCAGAAAGAGCAACGGGACUUAUAAUGCUGCCACUUCUGAUGGCGGGUGGUGUUGUCGGAAUAAUUGCUGGUAAUUGGUCUGAUCGUUUACAACGUCGUAAGCCUUUUGUUGCAUCAGCAGGUAUUGUUAUGGCAAUCGGUUGUGCAGGAUUCUUCACUUGGGUGAGAGACUUCUAUCCAGGAAUUGUGUUGGCAACGUUCAUUGGCAUUGGGUAUGGACUGUAUGUUACAGUGGAUUAUGCAUUGCUGUUGGAUGUGCUACCAGACAAAAUGAGCAAAGGGAAUGACAUUGCUGUCUGGCAUCAGUCUCUUGUGUUGCCUCAAUUCUUGGCUGUUCCUAUUGCUGGUGUUGUUGUUGACCAUCUACAAAAAGUCGGCUGCAAACAUGCUCUUGGUUAUGUUGUGUUAUUUGUUAUCACUGGAUUUUAUUUUCUAUUGAGUGGAGUAUUUAUUCUUUUUGUGAGAAAAGUCAGAUAGUUAUAUGGCUCAGAUGUUGCUGGGUAAUAAAACAAUGUUUAUUGGUAAUAAAAUGUGGUAAAUGACAAACU